AUGGACGACACCAUGCAGAGCGUUCAGGUCCCGUCAAACUUCGAUCCAUGGACCCAGCCCUUGAACUUCACCAUGUCCGAUGGCAACGGUGGAUGGGUUCUGGUACAGAAGAGCUGGGAGGACCUUGACACUUGGCGCAUCUACGACUUUCGUGUCGGCAUCAGUUAUGGAGUUGGAUUCGGCGCAUCUCUGAUGCUUCUGUUGACUCUCCUCCUCUUGACCAAGGCUGAGAAGCGAAAGUCCUGGAUCUUUCUGCUCAACGCCGCAUGUCUGCUCACCAACGGCAUACGCUGUCUGCUCUUUUGCACAUGGAUUACCGGAAACUUCAACAAUCCCUAUUCGGUCAUGAGCCAGAGUUGGGAUCACAUCACCGGAUACGACUUUGCUAGCUACAUCACUAUCAAUAUCUUCGGAAUCCUGGUCACCGCUCUGAUCUUCAUCUCGCUCAGUCUUCAAGUAUGGAUCGUGUGCGUCACGACACCGCCACUGCAUCGCAAGAUCAUCAUGGCUGUGACUACCACCAUGGCAUGCGUCGCGUUCGGAUUCAGAGCCGCUGCCGUGUACUACAACACCAAGUUGACAUUGGCUUUCGAGGGUAAUGAUUCCGUUCAGAACCUGACAUCGACCUCGUACGUCGUACAGGUCGUUGCCAUCUGGCUCUUCAGCUGCGUCUUCACCUUCAAGCUGGGGCAUGCCAUCUUGCAGAGACGUAGGCUCAACAUGCCACAGUUUGGACCGAUGCAAAUCGUCUUCAUCAUGGGUCUGCAGACUAUGCUCGUUCCAGCUAUCUUCGCGAGUCUUCAGUUCACGAAUGUUCUUCCUGAGAUCGUCGCUCACGUCCUCACGGUUGUCUGCAUCUUUCUCCCCCUCUCCGCCAUGUGGGCAGGCGUGGUCAAUGACCAGAAUCUUGCAUCGAGAGCACCAAACUCCCACCAGCAACUUCUCAAUGCUGAGUGCUGCGAUGCAUCCAGGCUCACUACGCUGAGCAGCGGUUCCACUGCUUGCGAUAAGGACAAGAGUCGUCAAAUGAGUGUGUGA